CUUCCGCCCAGGUCCCACCUCUGCACUUUUUUCUCUCGCCGGACCUUGCCUCUCCGCAGCCAAUGUCGUUAACCUGGUGGGAACCGCUCCUCCACUGGCCCCGGACGGAAAGCCGUGUGCUUUUCUCCGGAGGUCAUAGCAAAACGAAGCUCAUCCUUCGUCUGCCGAGGGCACCUAGUGUUCUUCCUCUCCUCAGGGCGGGAAUUUCCGAGACCCCAUCGGUUGUUUCCGAUACUGACGUUGUAUUCUCGCAGACGUUUCCAUUGAAGCGGACCAAUACGGUUGAAGGGAAGGUGUCUGUGAAGGUAGGACGUGUGGAUAAGGAGGGGUCCAGAACGCAAGUCGUUGUUUGUUGUAAUCUGCAAGGGAAAUGGAUCAUGCAUUGGGGAGUUACUUACUGUGAUGAUGAGAGCAGUGAAUGGGAUCAACCUCCUUCUGAAAUGAGACCUCCUGGUUCUAUUACAAUUAAGGGUUAUGCAGUAGAAACACCCAUGAAGAGAUAUUUAGUGGAAGGACAGGUUCUACAUGAAGUUCAAAUCGAGUUUGACAGUUCCAAAUCAAUCGCUGCAAUAAAUUUUGUUUUGAGGGAGGAAGAGAAAGGAGCAUGGAUUCAGCAUAAGGGCAGAGACUUCAGAAUCCAACUGAGGAAUCAUGUUCAACAAGGUAUCUGCAAUGAAGCUAGAAAGCAAAGCUUUUAUAUAUGGCCAGGUCUUUUUGAUCAGGUAUCUAACUUUCUCCUGAAACCUGAUAAUUCUCAUUCUAAAGACCAAGAGUGUAAUCCUGUUCUUCUAGAUCAUUCGCUGAACCACAGACAUAUUUCAGAUUUUUAUGAAGAAUACUCUGUCAUUAAGGAAGAGUUUGUCCUGAAUUCUGUAACAAUUACUGUCAGGAAAAGCUGUGAGGCAGAUAAACACCUUGUUUAUUUUGAUGCUGAUUUACCAGAUGUUAUUAUACACUGGGGGGUCUGCAGAAAUGACAUAAAGAAUUGGGAGUUACCCCCAGCCCCAUUUCCACCAUCAUCUAACAUAUUUCGCCAAAAUGCUCUGCAGACUUUAUUACAGCCAAAAGCGAAUGGCUCAGGCAGUUGUGGUUUUUUUUAUUUAGACAAGGACAUUACAGGUGUUCUUUUCGUGCUCAAGCUUAAUAAAGACACAUGGCUGAAUGAUCAAGGAGCUGAUUUCUAUAUCCCUCUUGCAAGUUUUAAAAAGAAGGAUUCAACAGCAGCUGAAGAACAAGGUUGGUCCAGAGAACAUGAAUUUAGGGAUGGCAAUCAACAAACUGUUGAGACUCACCAAGGAAGCUACCAAGUUGCAUACACUGAUGACAUCAUUCUAGGUAUAAGAAGUCUGUUAACUAAUAUAGCUUCUGAGAGGGGUAAAAAGGAAAAGAGUAAAGAAGCACAAGAGAACAUCCUUCGAGAAAUUGAGAAGUUGGCUGCAGAAGCUUAUAACAUCUUCAGAAGCUCUACCCCAGCGUUCGUUGAUGAAUCUGCCCAGGAAACUGAACAAUUGAAGCCUUCCGAAAAGGUCUGUUCAGGAACUGGCUCUGGCCAUGAAAUCCUUUGUCAAGGAUUCAAUUGGGAAUCUCACAAAUCAGGAAGAUGGUAUGUUGAACUGAAGCCAAAGGCUGAUGAAUUAGCUUCGCUUGGAUUUACUACUGUAUGGUUGCCUCCACCAACAGAAUCUGUUUCUCCUGAAGGUUACAUGCCAAAGGAUUUAUACAACUUAAAUUCCAGAUAUGGGGGCAUUGAAGAGUUGAAAGACCUUGUCAAAAAAUUUCAUGAAGUUGGAAUUAAAGUCCUUGGUGAUGUUGUCCUAAAUCAUCGUUGUGCUCACUAUCCAAAUGCAAAUGGUAUAUGGAAUAUCUUUGGCGGUCGUUUGACCUGGGAUGAUCGGGCUAUUGUUGCUGAUGAUCCACAUUUCCAGGGAAGAGGAAACAAGAGCAGUGGAGACAACUUUCAUGCCGCACCCAACAUUGACCACUCCCAAGAAUUUGUUAGGAAAGAUCUUAAAGAUUGGCUUUGCUGGUUAAGAAAAGAAGUUGGCUAUGAUGGAUGGAGAUUAGACUUUGUUCGAGGAUUUUGGGGUGGUUAUGUCAAAGAUUAUAUUGUAGCAAGUGAACCAUAUUUUUGUGUAGGCGAGUACUGGGAUUCUCUCAGCUAUGAAUAUGGUGUAAUGGAAUAUAAUCAAGAUGCACACAGGCAGAGGAUUAUCGAUUGGAUAAAUGAUACAAAUGGAACAUCUGGCGCCUUCGAUGUCACUACGAAAGGAAUCCUUCACACGGCUUUGGAAAAAUGUGAAUAUUGGCGCUUGUCUGAUGUGAAAGGAAAGCCACCUGGGGUACUUGGGUGGUGGCCAUCUCGUGCAGUAACAUUUAUAGAGAAUCAUGAUACUGGUUCUACUCAGGGUCAUUGGAGAUUCCCAUCAGGCAAGGAAAUGCAAGGAUAUGCCUACAUCUUGACACAUCCUGGCACACCAGCUGUCUUCUAUGACCAUUUAUUCUCACAUUAUCGACAUGAAAUCUCUAAACUAAUCUCUCUCAGACGAAGAUGCAAGAUCCACUGCAGGAGUACGGUGAAGAUUAUGAAGGUCGAGAGGGAUGUUUAUGCUGCUGAAAUCGAUGAGAAAGUUGCAAUCAAAAUUGGACCAGGAGAUUAUGAACCAUCCAGUGGUUCCAAGAAGUGGGUCUUGGCUGCCGAGGGAAAUGAGUACAAAGUUUGGGAAGCACCAUAGCUGUAUAGAUAUUUCUAGGUUUGUUGAAUCACUAAUAGUAUUUUGUUGUGUUCAAUGUACAUGCUGCAAAGAAAAUCAUUGUAUUUGCUACACUGAUAGUGUGAUUUUCGAAGAGAGCUUGAGCAUUACCUGUAUUGUAGCAUUGAAGAGAUUUUAAUGUAUUCUACUCCACAAAUAUAUAAUCAAUAGUUAAUUACAAGUGUAAAUCAUUGUAUUUACUUAA